AUGGCCAAGAAGUGGAAGGUGGCCCCUGCGGCGGAGCUGGCCGAGGAGUCUGACGAGGAGAUCGACGUGGUUGGCGAGGGGCGCGGCCGCAGCCCCGCGCCCGCCGCUACCGCCCCGGGUCCUUCUCCCAGAGACCCCGAGCCGACGCUCCUCUACAACGGUAAGGAACCUCCGCAGGUGACAGCUCUGGUCGCGCGCUGGUGUCAAGGCCCCACACGGCCGCAACUAGUGCCAAGGUCCCGCGCGACGCCGCGCUCCAGCACGCGACCGCGACGCCGACGACAUAAUUUCGAACUCGAGAAUGGACAUAGAAUAGUUUUGAAACCAAAAAUCUGCAAGAAGUCACUAUUCCACGCGCACAGAGUCACGGGCAAGAGCUAG